AUGGACUCAAACAAUGAGGUUGAGCCUCCCAAAGCGACCAUCCUCGUGGAUCUAGGGGGUGUUUUUGUGCAUCCACCAGAAGAUUAUACGUUGACAACCAGUGAAUCGACCGUGACGUUAGGCCGAGUCCUAUCGUCGUCCAUCUGGAUGGAGUACGAGAUGGGCAAGAUUACCGAGCAAGAAUGCUUUACCCAAGUGGCAGAUCUCUACGGCUUCCAAGUGAAGGACUUGGAAGCAGUCGUCUCUGAUCUCCGUGAGUCUCUCACAUAUGACCAGCAAAUGCUUUCAGUUUUCCAUGCCAUCAAGCGCCGGACUACCGCGGUCGAGAUCAUUCUUGUAACGAAUAUUUCUGAGCCCGAAUAUCGCGCCCUGCGUAACCGGUGGGACGAGGACUUUUGGAGGACUUUCGACGGUGUAUAUGCCUCGUGGAUGAUUGGUCUUCGCAAACCAAGCUUACGGUUCUACCGGCAUGUAGUUCGGUCCACGCGCUCUCUGCCACAGAGGACCUUUGUUAUUGAUGACCGGCCUGAGAACGUGCUGGCAGCUCUGUCUCUGGGGCUGCGCGGGACAGUCAAUACAGAUGCAGGCGUCGUCUUUCGAGAACUUCUAAACUUCAUCGAAGAUCCUGUCAAACGAGGCCUUACCUUCCUUCGACAGAAUGCUGGGAAACUGCACUCGACUACCCAGGAAGGCGACUCCAUUGAGGAAAACUAUGCCCAGCUCCUUGUUCUAGAGGCAUUGCAGGACUGGAGCCUUGUGGAUUUGCGCCGUCCCCCAUGUCUAUGGAAUUUCUUCUCGGGCAAGCCAAAGUACACGAGCCAGACGUAUCCGGACGACAUGGAUACAACAGCGCUAGCUCUAGUGGCCAUAGACUACAAGCCAGAGAUAGCUCACCAGAUCCUUGACAAAAUGCUGGGUAAUGUCAAUGAGGACGGACUUGCUCAGGUAUAUUUCGACAAGUCCAGGCCCAGGGUGGACGCAAUCAUCGCACUAAAUGUCCUCGUUGCUCUCCAUAAGUAUGGGCGCGGCUAUGAGCUCCCAGAAACACUGGACUGGGUCCACCAUAUCCUCCUUAACAGGGCAUACAUAUACGGAACACGGUAUUAUGCAAGCCCAGAGUGGUUUCUCUACUACGCUAGUCGGCUUCUCCUCCAUUCAAAAGAUCCGAGCUUGGAAGAAAAGCUCGGAGCCUUGCUUCGAGCGCGCCUUGUUGAACGGACUGGUGUUGACGGGGACGCCUUUUGUUUGGCGAUGCGCCUCCUUGCUUGCAAUUCGCUUGGGAUCAGGAAUCAUCUAGAUCGAGAGAGGCUGGCUAGCAUGCAGCAGGAAGACGGAGGAUGGGAGCCAUCUGCCAUGUAUGUAUUUCCAACUGAUAAGAAGACGGUUGGGAAUCGGGGAACUACGACUGCACUCGCUGUUAAAGCUCUCCAGGAUGCGAUCAAAUGCGACGGCGAAGACCCUUGCCACAAUUGCCAGUCCCGCGAGCAGAUCUGCGAGUUUCAGGACAGCAACGACAAUGCCUCGACCAGCCGGCGGUAUGCCGCCUCCUUCGAAGAACGCUGCCAACACAUGGACAAUCUAUGUGAACGUCUCGAAGGACUAGCCAAGACACUCUCCGACUGCAUCGCCACGGCCCAGCGGUCGACGUCAAUUCAGUCUUCGGGUGCAGCUUCAAUAUCGAAUUCGAUCCCGCCAGCGCGGCAUGAAGAGCAGACUGCCCUGCCUCAUUCAGACCCCGUCAUCGACAUUCCAGAUAUAGGUGAGGUACCGGAUAGAUCGCCUGGAUUUGGCUUGGGUGCUGUUUCCGAGUCUUCGGGGAACAUGCAAGGGCAUGAUACGCAGACGUAUCCGACGCCAGUUGAUGCAGUAGGCCAUAUGGUCGCGGACUCGUAUGGGCGGCUGAGGUACAUCGGAGGCGCGACUAACAAAAUGAUGAUCGAAGCCGUCCAAAACCUCUCCCCCGGCGGCGCAUCCAAGCCUAUUCGCUCCAUUGACAAAAACAACGAAAUCAGCCUGCCCUUCUUCAUCCAAGGCCAAGUCUGGCCGGAAUUGCCCUAUCUCCCGCAGCCGCAAGAUCUCGCCCGCCCACCGCAGUACGUCUCAGACCUGCUUGUCGGAAUCUACUUCGACCAACUGCACUACACGUUUCCGAUCCUGUACAAACCGGAUUUCAUGCGUCGGUAUCACCUCAUGAAUGCAGGUGCCAGGACAAGUGCUAAGAGAGAUACGGCUGUCGGACGUGGCUUCCUCUCUGUAUUCUUUGCAGUUUGUGCUUGUGCUUCGAGUUUGCUUCCUAGAGCUCCUGGAUCGUCCUCCCUUCCUGGGAUUGAGUACUACCAGAAAGCUCUUCUUUUGCACUUUGCCUCUUCCGGUGAGGUCUUUCUGGAACAGGUGCAGUGCUUGGGGUUGUUGGCGCUCUGUUCAGCUGGGUGGAAUACGCUCUCACAGAGUUGGAGAUUCGCAGGGCAGGCUGUAAGGCUUGCGCAGGAUCUAGGACUGCAUGUUUCUAGUUUGAAAGGGCUCUCUAUAGACACGCCGAGCCCCACCGAAUAUGUCGAGGCACAGGUUGCAAGGUGUACGUGGUGGAGUGUCUUUACACUUGACUGUCUGAUGUCCAUCUGCCUCGGCCGCCCAAUGGCCACUGACGAAGCCGACUGCUGCUGCGACCUUCCCUUCGACAUCUCCAACGAAGAUCUCGAGCACGGGAUCCCACCAGCGCCAUCAAUCAACAGCCACCUAUCAUCGACCUCAUCCCCAAUGACCGGUUUCCUAGCACUUACGCGACUUUGCCGAAUUGCGGCGCGCGUGCACAGAUUCUACAGUUCCAAUCGAAUCCGCGGCCGUGAUUCUACACUCUCUGACGACUGGACCCAUCUCCUUCCAACACUCGACGGCUUCGUCCGCGAAUUAGACGAGUGGUUGCAGAAGCUGCCCAAUGAGAUCCGCUUCUCUGCAAACUUGACGCAGAGCGGGCCGAAUCUGACGAUGUGUGUUAUUGUCUUUAUAUUGCAUUCGGGAACGAUUAUGAAUCUCUAUCGGUUUGUCUUACCUUGCCUUAACUUGAGGUACGCUUCCCCUACUAACCACAUUUAUGGCUGGAUACAGACCCCUUGCAGCCCACUACUCCCCAACUACAACGUCCCCUUCGUCUCUCCUCCACACCCUCUCCCCAACCCUUGCAAACCCCUCUGCCGAAUGCAUCAACGCCGCCCGCAGCUGCAUCCAGGCCGCCGAACUGAUCCGCGAGCGAGUCCCGCCGUCACAUUACCUGGCCUUCUGCGUGCAAUAUCUCACCAUAUCCGGUAUCUUGCUCCUCAGCAUGACGGAGGACGAGAAAUCACCGGCCUUGCUUCCGGACGUAAAGAAUGCAUUGACGUUCCUGGGUGA